AUGAAUGAGCCACUGGACAGUUUUGCAAAUGCUUCUUCCGACUUCCCCGAUUUUGCAGCGCCUUUUGGAAAUUGCACUGAUGAAAAAAUCCCACUCAAGAGGCACUACCUCCCUGUAAUAUAUAGCAUCAUCUUCCUGGUGGGCUUUCCAGGGAACGCAGUAGCGAUUUCCACUUACAUUUUCAAAAUGCGGCCGUGGAAAGGCAGCACCGUCAUUAUGCUGAACCUGGCCUGCACAGACCUGCUGUAUCUAACCAGCUUCCCUUUCCUGAUUCACUACUAUGCCAGCGGCGAAAACUGGAUCUUUGGGGAUUUCAUGUGCAAGUUCAUCCGCUUCGGCUUCCAUUUCAACCUGUACGGCAGCAUCCUCUUCCUCACCUGUUACAGCAUCUUCCGAUACUUCGUGAUCAUUCACCCCAUGAGCUGCUUUUCCUUUCACAAGACUCGAUGGGCCGUGGUGGCCUGUGCUGUGGUGUGGAUCAUUUCCCUGGUGGCCGUCAUUCCCAUGACCUUCCUGAUCACAUCAACCACCGGGCCCAAUAGAUCGGCCUGCCUCGACCUCACCAGUUCGGAUGACCUCGCCACUAUCAAAUGGUACAAUCUAGUUUUGACUGCAACUACUUUCUGCCUUCCCCUGGUGAUAGUGACACUGUGCUAUACAAUGAUUAUCUGCACCCUAACCCAAGGACCUCAGAAUCACAGCUGCCUUAAGCAGAAAGCUAGAAGGCUAACCAUUCUGCUACUCCUCGUGUUUUACAUAUGUUUUUUACCCUUCCACAUCUUGAGGGUCAUUCGGAUCGAAUCUCGACUGCUUUCAAUCAGCUGCCCCAUCGAGAAUCAGAUCCAUGAAGCGUACAUCGUUUCUAGGCCGUUAGCCGCCCUGAACACCUUCGGUAACCUGUUACUGUAUGUGGUGGUCAGUGACAACUUCCAGCAGGCCCUCUGCUCGAUGGUGAGAUGCAAAGCCAGUGGGGACCUGGAACAAGCAAAAAAAAUCAGUUACACAAACAACCCUUGA